CACUAAUGUCCCCUUCUCCCUUUAUCAUCAAACCCAAAAAAUACGAAUCCUUUUCCUUCUAUUACUCUUAACACAUCACAGACAAUCCUCAGACCACCAAAGACCAUCUCUCCACCAUGGCCAUGGCAACCCAAGCCUCCCUCUUUACCCCCGCCCUCAAGUCGGGCGACCGCGUCUCCGUCCCGUGGAAGCAGUCUUCGUCUAUGGCCCUCAGCGGCUCGAAGACCCUCAAGUUCUCUAGAACGUCCAUAAGGGCAGCUGCUGCCGAGGGGGCCGAGGCACCAACCAAGGAGGCACCGGUUGGGUUCACUCCACCAGAGUUGGACCCCAGCACGCCGUCCCCGAUCUUCGGGGGCAGCACCGGAGGCCUUCUCCGUAAGGCUCAGGUGGAGGAGUUCUACGUGAUCACAUGGGACUCGCCCAAGGAGCAGAUCUUCGAGAUGCCCACGGGUGGGGCAGCCAUCAUGAGGCAGGGCCCUAACUUGCUUAAGCUCGCAAGGAAGGAGCAGUGCCUGGCCCUUGGAACCCGGCUCCGCUCCAAGUACAAGAUCAAGUACCAGUUCUACCGGGUGUUCCCAAACGGCGAGGUACAGUAUCUCCACCCUAAGGACGGUAUCUACCCCGAGAAGGUGAACCCAGGACGCCAAGGAGUCGGCCUGAACAUGAGGUCCAUCGGGAAGAACGUCAACCCUAUCGAGGUCAAGUUCACCGGCAAGCAAGUCUAUGACUUAUGAGGUGUGAAGGGGAAGGGCAAACCUGUGGUCCGAGGAUUUGUGUACCUUUUGUGAUUAUAUUGUGAACUCCAUGUACUUAAAUUAAAUGACUUCUUCAACAAUAUUUUGGAAGAGAAUCCGUUCAUAAAUUUAGCUAGAACUCGUGAUGGUUCUAAAUCAGAAGAGUCGCCCUACUGAUGAGGAUGUUCAUGAUCUGAUUCGUGGGCAUAUUUCCAAGAACUCAUGCAUCUCGAUCUUUUAAGAUGAACAAUUACUGUCGAUCGCAAGAUGUAGCUUUUCAGCUGGCUCUUCUUAGUAUUGAUUUGGAGCUA